AUGGACCAAGAGGAGAGAGAUGAGGCAAGGGAAUUUUCACAGAUCCCGCCAGUAAGCUCGGCCGAAGCCUCUAUCCCUAAAGACAUAAAGAAAAGGCACCAAACCUACCAAGUUGGCCUGCACAGAAGAGAGCACAAUGCCCGGUACCUGCAAUUAUAUCCGUGUUUCGGAAAGAUAGACCCCCUCUGCCGAUGCGUUGAAAGGUCAGGGCUCGAAAAGAAGGGGGGAACCGAACAACAACCGUGGAUUGUGGUUCAGCGACGAAAAGUCAACCGUGAACCAGCGAAGGGAGAGAAAGCUUGGGGGGUCGCGAGGUUCUGCCGGCUGCAGGCGUGGCUGCCGCUGGUGUGGCACGUGACCGGAGCGGCGUCAACGGCCGCUCAACGUCCGGCUGCGAAUGGAAAAGGUGAUGUCGGACAAUCGUCACCUCGAUGCCCCAUUAUGGUUUACCGUUCGCUCUCAAUUGUUUCAAGACUACGCAGCAUGGACAGCUGA